ACUUCGCACGCAGACAGACUCACGAAGUUACAAAUUUGAUUUUACUGUUUACAACUGUAUUUGUAAUAGCAAAUGAAGGGUUUUUAAGGAGCCACAGUUGUGACAGCAAGUACUUGUACACUGGAAGGUGAGAAACUUUGAAAUAAUUAUUUUAAACGUGAGGAUUUGGCAUCCGUACAGCGCUGUGGAAAUAAUGGCACUGCGCGCCAUCGAAGAAGACGGCGGCGAUGCGUGGGACGCGCAGGAGGACGCUACCGACGUCGCGCUGCCGCUGCCAGGCAGGAUUCGCCGUUCAUCGCACCACAGUGACUACAGCUCCACAGCCAGCAUCUCCUCCGAGGACACCAGCCCCAAACGGGACCGCCCGCAGCCUCCCAACACCAGCCAGCCCGACGAACUGGUAAGUACCGCGUUUUGCGCGGCUGUGGGACGCCCGGACCGGGAGGUUGUCCUUGGCAGUGGCGUGGACAACGAGUUGAUGACACGGGUCUCCAAAAACGUCACCCACGUGUUGGUGAGGGGAACGAUUCAGUCCAUGAUCGACCCCCUGCGCUGUCCCUUCGGUCUGGGAGAGAAGCCCGUGGAGGCCUGCGUCGCGUUCCGCGCGGGCAUGCCGCAGGGGCUGAAGAUCCACUUGGAGGGCGCCCACGGAAUGCACAAUGUGCAGCUGAAUCUGGCUUGUCCGUGUCCGGCCCAGUUCAACCGCGGUGUUGAUUGCGAUUACGUGCAGUUCGACCCAAUCGGCUCCUUCCUCACGACCCAUAUGAACGAGCGCCACCCGGACUACGUCGAACGCAUGAUGCAGGCGUUGGUCAAGCAGCGGAAGAAGAAGAACGGCGAGAAGCAUCGGCAGUUCCUCCGCACGGCGCGCAGCCAGAAGUUCCCGGAGGGGACGAGCGAUCUGCGUGUCCUGUGGCCGAGUCAGAUCACUGCCGAGAAGAUCGUCAUUCCCACGCGUGUUGUGGGUGGUCUAGUGAAGUACGUCUGCAAGAUCGACGCGUGCGCCGCCGUUGAAAACGGCCAGGGCCGGCUGUUGGAUUCGUCCCAACGCCUGUUCACGCAUGUGAAGACGCAGCACGGCGGGCGUUGCGCGCUGCCCACCAAACUGUACCACGCCUGCGCCGACCUGAAGUGUCCUGUGCAAGUGUUCGGGCCGUUCCACCUGAUGGAUGCGCACAUCCAGGCCGUGCAUCCGCACCUGUUGGGCCUGGCGUACUCGGAGACAGCCCUGCAGGCACGGGCUCGCCUGGAGGCCCAGGUGACGGGGCAGCGCAUCGGGGAGGCGCUGAGCAGCAGCGUGGACACCGAGCCGACGCCGGGUCGUUUUCUUGUCGGCUAUGACUGCCCCGUCGCGAAGUGUCUGGUGUGCUAUACCAACCGCGACUACAUGCUGUGGCACAUCGGCGCGGAUCACCAGGAUGAAUGGAACGAGCCCAACGAUCGAAAGGGGCAGCCCGCCUUCAAGUGAUCAUGUCCGUUGCGCUGCCGCGCACAGUCGGCGCCAACCUGGUCUCCCACCUGUUGAUUCUCAGUUUCCCGCUGACAAACGAACGAGUCCUGGCAUCCGCAUUGCCUUUUUUUUGAAUGGUUCUCUUCGUAGUUUCUUCCUUUUCACCAGUUUGUUUUUGUCUCCUUAAUCGUUGGCUAUUUUGUCUGAGUCGGGGUACUCAUUUCUUGUGACAUGCUCACAACAGUCCUACACUGGAAAUUAGAAAUAGUUCUUAGCAGUUAUCGUAUGAGGAUCAAAAAGCGUAUAGAGGACUUUUUUCUGUACAAAACGAUAAGACAGUAUAUGUAAAGCCCAGCACGGAUGAAUAAUGCCUUAGGAUUUCGAGCAUGUAAAAA